AUGGUGCAGAAGCACACCUGGUCAGAGUGCACUGGUGGCGGAGGUGCGUCAGGCCGCAAUGCCCAGGAGGCUGCUUGGGUUCAGCCAGAGUAUUCAGAGACAGGAGAGCCACUGGACACAUCUACAGCUACGCACACCAUGCCCUACAAAAACCAGAUGAAAAGGCCAAUUGUGAAAGUAAUACUGCUGGGCCUGUGUGGUUCUGGGAAGAGUACCAGUGGGAACAAUAUCCUGGGAAAGAAAGUGUUCAGGUCAAAUUCCGGUUCCAAAGCUACCACCAUACAAUGUGAAGAAUUCUCAAUGGUCUUCAAUGGGACUGAGCUUAAGGUCAUUGAUACUCCAGACUUCUUUGAUGAAGAUCUUCAGGAUCCAAGCACACAUGUUCAGGAGUGCAGAGACAUGUGUAAGGGGCUUGUGUGUGUGUACCUGCUGGUCAUCCAGAUUGGCCGCUACACUGUGGGAGAGGGAGACAUCAUAGAGAGACUAGAGGCAGUACUGCAGACCAGUAUCAGAGACAGAGCCAUCAUCCUGUUCACGCGUGGGGAUGAUCUGGGAUCUCAAACCAUCGAAGAAUAUGUAGUGAAAACUAACAGACACCUUCAGAAACUCAUUAGGCAAUGUGAUGACAGGUAUCAGGUGUUCAACAAUAAGGACAAGAAGGUAGUAAAGCAGCAGGUGAAAGGGCUGAUGGGAAUGAUAAAGGGACUGGUGAAGGAGACAGACAACAUGGACAUAUUCACACAGGCAGAGAGCAUCAUACAAAUGUACUGU